CCUUGUCAUUAGAAAACAAAACAGCAUUCACACAAAACAAACGAAAGAACAUCAGGACUGCAGCGUUACCCUAUGUUUAUUGAUGAGGACUGUUAUUUGACAUUAAAGUAAGGGUUGAUUUUGGUCUAUACAGUAAAACUGAGUGUGUAAAGAAGUACUUCCUGGAUUGCAACACCAAGUUAGGGGAAGAAGUAACAGAGUGGAAACAAGAAGUGACAUCCAUCAGAGACACGCAGGGAUACUGAUCAGGAAUAGAAAUCACAAAGAAAGACCAUUAGAGGUACCGCAGGAGAAACCCUGGUUCUGUAGUUGAUCCUGGAGGAAGUGGAGGCAGGAUGUGGCUCCUCAUCUGGACUCUACUUCUGACAGAGAGUUUGUGUGAGGAAGGUGGAAAGCCUCCAGUGCCAGACGGAUACAACAUCAACAUCUCUCCAGCAGAGAUAACAGUACAGACUGGUCUAUGUGCUGUUAUUUCAUGCACCUUCACACACCCAGAUAACGUCCAGCCUAAAGAUGCAUUAUGGCUUAAAUGUCUAGAUGAAGGAUGUACCAACAAAAAAGAAGCAAUUUUCUCUUCUGAACAGUCCUCUAACGUUAAAAAAGAUUACCGUCAGAGAGUGUCUCUACUGGAGAGAGACUUGUCAAAGAAGAACUGCAGUAUGAUCAUCAACAACAUCAAUGAAAAUGACCAAGGAAAAUAUACAUUUAGAAUAAAAACGUCUAAAGCUGCUGGAUAUACAUACAAAGACAAAGUUAAUAUCACAGUGACAGAUCUGACUCAGAAACCCUCAGUGCUGAUUCCUGCUCUGACUGAGGGAGAAACAGUCUCUUUGACCUGCAUCGCCCCAGGAUUCUGCUCUGGAAGACCACCCAGCAUCACAUGGAGAUGGAGAAGACCAGGAGACAACACGACUGAGUUCCCAGACAACACCACCAUACAGAAAAUAGAGAACUUGACCAAUGUCAACACAACCCACCUCUCAACUUUGACCUUUACCCCCUCUGCUGAGCACAAUGGUAUCAAUGUCACAUGUCAGGUGACCUUCAAUGAGAAGAUCAAAACUGAAGAAACAGUGACUUUGAAUGUGACUUUACGUCCUCCUGUUCUCAGUGGUUCUGGGUGUGUGGUCCAAGCAGGGGUCAUGACCUGUGUGUGUAUCUGUCAGGGGGUUCCUGUGCCCCUCAUCAGGUGGCCUGUGUUGAAUAAUAUCACAGAGUACAACCUCACUACAUCAGUAUCUGGGUCUUCAGUGACCAGCACCAUCAGCCUGCCUGUCAGAAACCAAACUAACAACUCUGUGGUUUGUGUCUGCAAACAUGGUGGUGACAACAGCAAAGGGACGAGAGCAAAGUUGAAUAUCACCCAGGAAGGAACCAACAAAAAUCAAACAGAGGAAGUUGAAUCUGAAGGCAUCAUGGCUAUGCUGCCGAACCCAAAUCUGCUUACUGCAUUUGGGAUUGGUGCAGCCUUUUCAGCCUCCAUCUGCAGUAUCUUCCUGUGUUUGGUGGGGAAAUGUAAACGGCGCAAAGAGAGAAUCAUAAAGGAUUCAGACUGCAAACACCCUGGAUUGAACCUAGAGACAGUGACCAGUGGAAACCAACUGGUACAGUUCUUUCUAACUCAGCUUUAUCAAUAUUCAAUGGAUACAGGACUGGCUGUGGAAUGUGACCUGACCCCUUUGAGGGAAGAGCCAAAGGUGGGAGCAGAAAAUAGGGCCGGACACACUCCCUCAGGGCAGAAACCCAUCGAAGUUGACUACGCCAGUAUCAAUUACUCCCUACUGAAGAAGCCCACUCUUGAGGACGCAGUGAAGACGAACACCACAGAGUCUGAGUAUGCUGAAAUAAAAAAAGAGAACAACAAGGAGGAGAAAGAAGAAGCAGAGGAGGGGUGUGGUGUGUCAGAGGAGGUGGAGGAAGAGAGGGUGGGAAAUGAUGAGAAGAAAGAGGAUGACGAGCUAGUCGGAGAGAGAGAUGAGGACACAGCUCUUUACUCGAAUGUCAAGGCUAUCAGGGGGGAAAUGUGAAACCACUGGUUUUAGAACAGUGUACUGCUGUACACAUAGUGUUGUGCUUGUAUUUGUGUUUUUUUCAUAUAUGUUUUUUUAAUGGAAUUUAACCCCAGUAUUCUUCAUGGUACUAUAUAUUGACCACAUGCCCAAACAUUUGCUUGUGUUUAUAUGGUCAGUUUCAAUUAUUCAUCAUUAAAAACUGAAAACGCA